GCAGAGAGGAGGCGGGGGGCAGGAGAAGCGGAGACGACUUUACACAGCAACAGGGAGCGGGAGCAGGAGGAGGAUCUCAUCUUCUGAGUCGACUUUGCUGGCGCCACUAACUUGGAGGUCUCCCGGUUCCGCUGCGUGACUCCGUGAGACUCGUGAGGGACCGCGCGAGCCUCUCCGUCGAGCUACCCCCCACCGCUCCUCUGUCGAGAGUCCGAGUGCCAAGGGGGCAUACCAAGAGGCGACCGAUGGCGUCGACGCUGGACCGAUACUGCGGCUCCACUUUCUGGAACUCAUCGCUGCUGGAGACGGAGACGCCCGACCUCACGGUGUGCUUCGAGCAGACGGUGCUCGUCUGGGCCCCGCUGUCGCUGCUCUGGCUGCUGGCGGCUCCCAUCCAGCUGGCGAAUCUGUGGGGCGUGCCGAGCGUGACACGGCCUGUCCAGCCGCGGCGAUUCAGCUUCCUGUACAUCGCCAAGCAGGUCACGUUGGUGCUGCUCUUCGUGGCCGCGGUGGCGGCACUGGGCAUCACCCUGUCGGAGGACUUCGGGCCGAUGUGCGACCCAAAGCCGUGCGACGUCUCGGCCCCCAUGCUCUACGUGAACCCGUGCCUCUACAUGCUCACCUGGCUGCUUCUGCUGGUGCUGGGCGAGGUGGCGCGUCGCCGUGGUGGUGGCGGCGGUGGCGGCGGUGGCCUCCUCUUCCUCUUCUGGCUGCUGCUCGUCCUGUGCGGGGCGCUGCCCCUGCAGACGCUGGUGCGGCAGCUCCUGGCGGGGGUCGCUGGCGGCGGGGAGCGCCACUGGGUCUUCUUCGUCUCCUUCGGCCUCCAGGUCCACGCCCUCGUCCUGUCGGCCUUCGCCGACUCGGCCAGCGAGCCCGAGGAGACCAAGCCCUGCCAAUUUAAACCGAACCCCACGGCGCGAGCGUCCUUCCUCAACCUCAUCACCUUCACCUGGUUUGACAAGAUGGUCUACCGGGGCUACCGGCGCCCGCUGGAGAUGAGCGACCUCUGCGAGCUGGACUCGGAGGACGAGGCGGGCCGAGUCAUCGGCCAGCUGGGCCGGAGCUGGCGGCGCGAGGAGCGGCGCGGAGCGGCCGCCGCGGGGGUCACCGCCGCUGUGGGGGUCACCGCCGCCGCAGCCACCACCACCGACCUCACCGGCAAGAGCACCGAAUUCCUCGUCAUGGAGCCGUUCAGCGAGCCUGACGUGGGCUACGGAUCAAGAGGAGGUGGCGAUGAUGAUGCUGCUGCUGCUGGUGGUGGUGCAGGAGGGAAACCAUCUCUCUUCAGGGCCAUGCUGCGCACAUACAGGAGGCCUCUGAUCGAGAGUGCGAUCUUCAAGCUGAUCUACGAUCUCCUGGUGUUCGUGAAUCCCCAGAUCCUCAAAGCGAUGAUCUCCUUCACGGACGACCCACGCGUCUACGAGUGGAAGGGCUACGUCUACGCCGUGGUGCUCCUACUCACGGCGCUGCUGCAGUCCGUGCUGCAGCAGCAGUACUUCCUGCGCUGCUUCCUCAUUGGCAUGCGCGUGCGCUCCGCUACCAUCGGACUCGUCUACCAGAAGUCCGAUGGUAGCGGAGCGCACAGCGCAUGCCGAUGA